AUGGGCCAGGUACGUCAAAAUUUCCCGUUUUCACCUCCUAUCACCUACGGUUUUGCUAAUUCCAGCGCGUCGUCUCAGCCGCCCUUGAGAAUACUUCAACUCUACCAUCUUGUCCCACAAUCCGCCCGUCUCUUUCUCUAUCGCCUUCUCCUUCCAAUUGGUACAUACUUCUACGGUACCGGGACUUACGGUGUGCUUAAUGUUCAACGGCUACCCUUCAAUCUAUACCUCAAACGGGCCCCGUCUCAGCGUCUCGUGAACGAAGCGCGUGCACUUGAAUUGGUGGCAAAACACACCACAUUAAAUGCACCUCGGGUUCUUGAUUUUAUCGAGUUACCAGCAGCAGAAGAGUGUUGGAUGUUGACCACUCGCAUCGAGGGGAUUAUGUGGAGCAAAUUCGAUCUAUCCCAAAUCCCUAUUCCCAUCUUAUCUGCAGCCCACUUUGGUGGAGAGUGUCGCGAUUGUCGAAUUGACCAUGACAAUGGCGGGAACGGACCCUACAACAAAAUUGAGGAUCUGAACAAGCGUCUCAUGAGCAUCUCUAGCCUGAUUCCAGAAGACGCUGAUAGAGCUCUGGUUGCAGAGGUACAUUCCCGGCCAUACCGUGUUUUCUUCACGCAUGCGGAUCUCAAGCCAGGAAACGUGCUGGUACAUAGUGGUAGAUUAUCUGGGAUCGCCUAUAUAAAGCGCCUUAACUCUGCCCUCGUCCCUGGAUGUCUUCAAAUCCAAACCAACAGAACCAGAAUCGAUUCUCCAAUCUUAUACUCAACCGUUGCCCCCAGUAUCCAGAACCCUAUAUCCACUCCCCCCUUUCGCGGCAUACUUCGUUGCCAAUUCUUCAAAGUCCAGCCCUUUCCUGUCUUCGUCGUCUCGGUCCAUACACCUCGUUCCGACAACUCUGGCGGGCUUUACGUCCUGAGCUCAUCGCAUUUUCAAUCGACGGUUUCCAGCGUUUUCGAUCUAUCCCGUCUGACCCCAUACCAUCGAUCCCAUACCACCAUGGAAGCCAACGGGAUUUAUCUCAUUCUUUCAGUUGCUGCGGUUGAGUACCAUUGGGGGAUCUAUGUGGCCGAGAAUGCAACUAAGGGGGUCAUCCACCACGCCAAUAACACGCAAGGCGGUUGGUCGUACGAGCGCAAGCUCACUCAAACCCUUGUCCUCUCGAAAAUGUUAGCAUUGGCCUUGAAAAUCGGAACCAUCCCCCUACCGCAAGAGUUUCUCUAUUAUAGAUAUAGAGAAUAAUAUUCUAAUAAGUACUCACAGACAAUUAUU